UUUGAUGCAAGUUGCCAAGUCGCGAGUGAGAUCGUCGUGCAUAUUGCGGAGAUGAAAUCUGCGACAAAUUACGAGGCGGCCUGCUCCACGUACCGCGAGUGAUCUCUAGUUCGGCUGCUACAGCAGAGAAGGACGUGCCUGCACGUGACCCUAGCCACCAGGCGCAAAGGUAAAGCCCCCGGCGGUCUAUCUACAGGUUCGUGUUGUGGUACACGGGGCCCAGAGCGGACGAGUACCAGUCCGUGACAGCAAGGAUACGUCCAAGAGCGCAUUUAAAACGCGUAUCCAUCGUUUUGUCAUUGGGAGCGAACGCCCACACGCACUCGUCGGCAGUCUGCUGCUUUUGAUGAGUAACGAUGUAAGAAACGAGCAGAGCUACCUGAAAAUGGCAGCGUCCGCCGAAUCUAUUGGCAGCUGUUCGCUUGACGUAGAUUACACGACAAGUGAAUCUAACGCAGGGAUCCGUUUGCAAAACUUUUUAUGGCCUAAAAUUGAUUUUCGGUGCUUUACUUUGUUAACAUCGCGGCUCGGCUUCAAACCAUCGCCGUCGCAGCGCACCCUCCACAGCUUCGAUUCGCAGCGGCUCUUGGCGCAGAGUUCAGAGGAAAUCUCCACUUCGUCCGCCUCCGACCGCAGACAGGCAGUCAAACUCGCAAACUCGAGGGACGUCUUUAAGAGCGAGGACUCCGUUUUUAGCUACCUACAGUCUCGGAAGCCAUCAUACGUCAACAUUUCGUGUUCGGUGAGCGGCUACACGCCAGCAAUCAACUACCACAACCUCAAGUUUGGCCUCAGUAGUCUGCAGAGUCUGAACACGCAGCCGCUGAUUUUAAGCAAACGAAAGCCGCACUCCUUCACAGAGAUGAUGAACGGAAACCACAGCAAGUCGGACUUUGUCGACUGCUCCUCAGGCAACUUCUUCAAGAAGCAGUCGCCAGACUCAUUUUGCUCACAGUUCACCAAGACCAGUAACAUAUUCACCAACAACAACAACCGCAUGACCAGCGUUGAGUCGACCGCAGUUCACACCUCUACCUUGAGGCCUGAAAGCAAAAACGGCACCACCAAUGGCGCCGAGUCAAACACGGAAAAGUCCUUCAUCCAGCAGAGAGUGGAGCGGCUGUAUGGAAGAGGUGCCUUCGCACCCACCUUCUACAAGCAGAGAAGCGUUUCGCCAAGAAGCAGCCUGUCUCCAGGCCAAGAGAACAAAACAAAUCCAGAAAAGACUGCAACCACUUCUCCUACGAAAAUGCCCGAGCUGCCAGUGCUCAAGUUGCUGCGACCAGAAUUCCGUGAUCAACUGAUCCUUAAUUCGGCGCACUCAACCCCUUGGUGGAGGCAACAGUUGAGAACUGUACCCAAGCCAGUAGAGUAUAAUGGCAACGGCACUGGACAAGAGAGAAUCAUUCCUAUAACCCUUGAGGCAGACGUCAUUACCAACCAGUCAAAGACCGAUAAUGCAUUAAAUGACAAAGUCUGUGAUGUCGCCACUCAGGCGCAAGAAAUCCCACAAGAUCAGCAGCCUGCGGCUGUUGAUGUUAUCCCCAUCACCUCAGCAGUUGCACCAGAUCCCGCCAACAAGGACAAAGAUGGGCAUCACUACCUUAAGCUCCAUGCUGUCGAGACUCAAAGGUUGCUCAAACUGGCUGACUUGUACGAAGAAGAUUUGGAGAACUCGUCCAUUAACGAAGAUAUCAAGGGAAAGUUGAGGGCCGCUACUGGACAGGCAAGGCUGCUCGUCAGGCAGAAGCUGAAGCAGUUUGAAGGACUCUGCCACAGAAACUUGGACUCGAACUGUGAAGAACAAUUCCCCACGACCAAAGAGGAUCUUGCUGGCUUUUGGGACAUGGUUUACCUGCAAGUUGAGCACAUUGACAGCUUGUUUAAUGAGUUGGCUGAACUGAAAAAGAAAGGAUGGCCUUCUGAGUCUACGCCCAAGAAAGCACCACCCCCAAGGCAAACCAAAGGCGCAGGAAGGCCUGGAAAGAGUAGUGCACAAGUCAUCGCUAAGCCGCUCUCAGACAAGGCGCAGGAGGCAGCCCGUCAGCGUGAUGAACAACGAAAGAAGAUUUUGGAGGAAAGGAGGCGUCUGGCCAAGCUUCAAAAGAAGGCAGAUGACACAGUCGAGAUUUUUGCUCCAAAUGCUGAGUGACUGAGAAUGAGUUGCACCACAACCUCAUAUUUACAUUCUUUAAAAUGCAUUUUACUUACGAAUUACUCAGUAAUUUAACCAACUCAGCUUCUAACGCAUGACAGUGGGAAACAAAAAUGGAUAUCAAUUAGACCCGUAUCAAGCGCUUUGAAUACAAUUUCUUGGCUUGCAGCAGAAGGUCACAUCUUUGAUCAGUAAGAUUUAACAGACAUGCCUUGUUGCACUUUGGUCUUGCCGCCAUAUAAAAAAUGCAGACUGAUUUAAAUUAUUGUAAUGUAUCAAUUGUAAAAUCUGAGUCCAGAAAUGGCACGGAUAAUUGUGAUCAUGUGUGAAAUGAGGUAAAGAAUUUGUCACCGAGAAUAAUAACUUUGAUGAUGAUUAUGAAAUGAAUAUUUUUUAUGAUUGCGGGAGGAGAGAAAGUGCUUUGAUGGCGCAGCAAAAUUGUAGCCAAAGAAAUUUCUUAAAUGAUUACAUAUUGCACGGAAGUGACAUUAACAAACAAAUUUACGCUUUUAACUCGUUUGGAAAGAAUAAUAUUUUUGUAUGGUAUUUUGAUUUUGCGUGUCAAAUGAUAUUUCUUUCUGCUUUCUUACUUUCUUUCCUGUCUCUGUUUCUCUUAGCAAUAUCUUUGAUUUAGAACUAACCCUAGUGAAGUCAAGCAAAUUGAACUAACAAAUAGGCAGCCAAAUAGUCACAAGUAUACACGCAAUAAUGUGCUCGCAAUUGUUGAGGAUUUGAGAUCAAAACCUCUUCGAUCACGGCGAAUUUUAAAAUGGCUAUUUUAUGCAAUUCUAUUUAUAAAUUGAAUUUAUUAUUUAAUGAGAAAUAUUUAUUGCUAAUUUUGGAUAGAGAAUCAUGUAUUUAUUUAAAAUGAUCAUGACUGGCUCACAAGUUUCAUGGAUAAUUAUGUUAUCUUUAAUAUCUUGUAAUGGAAUUUGAGAUUAAAUUUAAGAUUAUUUGUAUAA